AUGCAGAGAGAACGAUUACCGAUAGAGAGGCUCUGCGAGCGGUUCAAGGAUCGCCUCGGCGAUCAAUUCUCAGAAAAUUAUCGAGGACAGCGCUUUUUCCCGUAUGGGACCGCACAAGAGGUCUUCCGAAACCACAGGCGAGAUUUAGAACGGCUUCUACAAAAUGUGAGCGAGGCGCUUGCUGCAGAUGAAACGCUUCUGGUGAGCGUUGUUGAUCAGAUCCGGACGAGUCUCUCGAACGUCCUGGCAAUUUUGCUUAUGGACAGGGCGCAGAAUGACACAUUGGUUUUCAACCAAUUUCUCUCUUUGAUUUUACAAAGGAAUAACCGCAUGUGGGAGACCCUAGUGUUGAGUGAUUCUGAAUUGCCCAUUUCUCGGGCUCGUGCCGAAUGCCUAUUUCCGGGUAAGGGAGGUGCCUUCUUCGUCACGCAGUUGCAAUUCUGUGCGAUAGUACUGCAGGACAAAAAGGAGGUGAAAUGCUCGGAUAAUGAGCAGAUCCUGCGUCCUCUCCCAUACCUGACACAGGAAAAUAUCGGAUCGGGGGGCUUUGGACAGGUGUGGAAAGUCAAAAUCGAAAGACGCCAUAUGCUUUCAGCGAACGGAGACAGCGAAAAUCGAGAUACAGUGCUACUAGCACGGAAGGACUUUCAAAUUCAGACGGCAUUUAAGAAAGAGCUAGAAGUGUUGAGGGAGAUUAUGAAGCAACCCCAGAAGCACGACCAUCUAGUACCCCUUCUCGCCAUUUUACAACAGGAAGCUACCUACAGCCUAUUCUUCCCAUUGGCGUCUUGUGAUUUGAGCUAUUACUUUGAGCAUACCCCAGUCCCCCGCGACAUAGACGAGAAGAAGGCUAUAUAUCAUCGAGGAGUUGCCUUAGCGGGAGCGUUGGCGUUCCUUCACCAUGGUCUGACCAAUAUGUCGUGCUAUCAUUUGGAUUUGAAACCCAAGAAUAUUCUGGUCUAUGAUAGGAGCACGCCAAAUGAAGUUUGGAAAAUUGCCGACUUUGGUCUUUCCUCAGUUAGGGUCAACGCAACCUUGCAGAGUAAUGGCGACUCCACUAUGGCGACAGGAGUUCCAGGGACGUACUUAGCCCCUGAGUGCGCAGUCACUGGUGAGAAGGUCAGCGCUUUGAGUGAUGUGUGGUCAUUUGGCUGCAUAUUCAGCUUAGUUCUUACCUUUAUGAUGCAGGGUUGCCCUGGGAUCGAAAAUUUCAAGGAGCGACGAGGUAGAGAGCCCAAUGGCGACACUUUUUACACCGAUCCGGCUAGGCCACAUAUUUCGCCUGCCGUAACUAGAUGGUUUGAUUACUUGAAAGAUUCAAGACAGUCGCUCGACCAAUCGCCCAUUUUCCAGAUUGACUCGGUGGAUUUCUCGGCCAAGUUCAACCUCCAGGCCCAACCCACCGCCUGCAUUUCGGGGAAGUAG